UCUGGCCAAACCACAGGUCAGACUCUCCAAGACGCAGCUCGCACUCCAGCCGGCCGCUCCGCGUGGAUCAGACGCUCCGGGUCCCUUUCCUUCACCUUUCUUCUUGCUUUACGCGGCGGACAGCCCUCGACGACCGAUAAGCAGCCAUGGACGCCAUCAAGAAAAAGAUGCAGAUGCUCAAGAUCGACAAAGAGUCCGCCAUCGACCGAGCAGGGCAGGCCGAGUCGGACAGGAAAAAUGCGGAGGAGAGAAGCAAAAAGCUGGAGGAUGACAUCGUGACACAGCAGAAGAAGCUGAAGUCGACAGAGGAUGACUUGGACAAGUACUCUGAAGCCCUGAAGGACGCCCAGGAGAAACUGGAGAUCGCUGAGAAGAAAGCCAUGGAUGCUGAGAGUGAUGUAGCUUCCCUGAACAGACGUAUCCAGCUGGUUGAGGAGGAGUUGGACCGUGCUCAGGAGCGUCUGGCCACAGCGCUGAUCAAGCUGGAGGAGGCUGAGAAGGCUGCCGACCAGAGCGAGAGAGGGAUGAAGGUCAUCGAGAACCGGGCCAUGAAGGACGAGGAGAAGAUGGAGCUGCAGGAGAUCCAGCUGAAGGAGGCCAAACACAUUGCAGAGGAGGCCGAUCGCAAAUACGAGGAGGUGGCCCGUAAGCUGGUGAUCAUCGAGAGUGACCUGGAACGUACCGAGGAGCGUGCAGAGUUGUCCGAGAACAAAUGCUAUGAGCUGGAGGAGGAGCUGAAAACGGUGCAGAACAACCUGAAGUCUCUGGAGGUCCUGGCUGAGAAGUACUCGCACAAGGAGGACAAGUACGAGGAGGAGAUCAAGGUUCUUACAGACAAGUUGAAGGAGGCUGAGACCCGUGCCGAGUUUGCUGAGAGAUCGGUGGCCAAGCUCGAGAAGACCAUCGAUGACCUGGAGGACUAUCUGUACAAGCAGCUUGAGAAAAACCGCCUCCUGACCAAUGAGCUGAGGGUAGCUUUAAACGACGCGUAAACUGGAACGGGCUCUCGAACGCUUUCACUCUUUUGAAUCUCAAAUCGUCGUCCGGGCGUAAUCGUCUCGUGCUGUGACAUUUUUAAAAUGGUAGAGACAACGGUGUCAUGACACAACGCUUUAAAACCAAGUACCGCUUUCAACAAACGUGAAUACAAUGUAAGGUGUUCACAUUGUGCAUGCUUCAAACUGCGGUCGCAAGGUCGGAGGUCAGGCGACCUCGGGUUAUGACGAGUUGCAGAUUGGAUUUUAUAUUUCCCGCUCGGUGAUCGACGGUGAGGAGGCUCGUGGCCGACAUCUGAGGAAGGCUCAUAAAAUGGCGCGAGGGGUCCAGAAUCCUCGUCCGCUGAACUAAAUGGACAAGUGUUAAUUCGAUUUUUUUUUCCAGGAACAAUUAAUUAAAUUAUUGGACUUGGUGUUCAGCUGUCCUGAGAGCUAAAAUGCCCAUUAUUUAAAUACUAAAGAAUAUUUGACUUGCGCUUUUUACAUUUUUGUUGUUGUUCUUGACGGGCUAUCCCCAAUCUCUCCAUUCGUAUGAUUAGUUGAAAGAACAAAAAUUCAGAAUUCACUAAAGUCUAAAUGGUACCAAAGGAGGGAGAAUGCUUUGGUUUUGACGCAGGAAGGAUUUAAUAUGAGCAGACUAGCAUAUGUUAGAUAUGUCUUAUAUGAUCGGAAGGUACAUGUGGAGCCUGUGCCUGUACAUGUCAAUGUAAUGGUACAGAUUUCACGCUUUAGGGUAACAUUUAAACGGCCAGACGGAAUAAAAGCUGUGAUAAUGAUAAAGAAGUAGGAAUGCAACACGAGGGAGAAAAGGAGGUCGUCUCCAAUUCUGGGGUUACAUUUCUGGUAGAAAUGCUUUGGCGCGGGUGCAUGGGCUUGAUGCCGGAGGUCAUGAGCGUCAUUUAAAACCUCCCGUUGUCCUGAACCUCGCUGCAGUAUAACCCUCACAGGGAGUUGGCUGACAGGAUUGUAGUUGAGAAAAUGUACGAAUGAAUCCUAACGACGCCGUCUGUCCUGCGCCAGAGCGUUUGUCUGUUUUUAUAUCCUGUGCAUCUUUGGGCCGUUUUUUUCUUCCUUUUUUCUUUUUUUUAACCCCUGCAAUGCUAUAU